AUGCGACGGAUACCACGAUUAAGACGAUCCUCCAGCUUGUAUACCUCAGCGCCAUGCUCUUCAAUUACUCCUCUAGUUGGCCAAUGUGCGCCAAUAUCCCAGACUAUCUCGACUUCGUGCCGCCGGCCCAUACCCACGACCUUCCAAAGUCCUUUAUCCUUCCGGUUUUACUCAACCGAUAAGCAGCCGAGCACACAGAGCCAGAGCUCUGCUCUUGAAACCGAACAAGCGCAAAAACAAGAGUUUCGGGAGCUUCAGGAGCUAACCGAAGAGGUUAUAGAAGAAAAAGAAGAAGAAGCAGAGUAUCUUCCACCGCAGUGGCAGGCAUAUAUUCCCCCACCUCGACGUAGCUAUGCCGAAAGAUUGGGCGACGUCUCAGAUUCUAGUUAUGUACCUGCUUUGACGGCAGACGGCUUGGAGAUGGUCGGCGGAUUGAAUAACUGGUGGGACCAACCGGAACAUUGGACCUCUGAUUUUGUCGGCUUCAAGCCGCUGAAUCCAGUUCUUGAUCCUGCCGUUCUUGAGACUUCGGUACGGCGAGCUGUCGUGGAGGCAUUUGCGCUGAAACAGGCGGGGCGAGAAGACGAGCUGAUAAAAGCUUGGCCGAUAGCGGGGGGAGAUGAAUUACAUCACCUCUUGAGCGUGGAAAUCAAUGUAACAAAGGACGGCGUUGUGUCGUUGACUGGGGAUGUGUCUGCAGUAGUAGGCUCGCUGAUCGAAAAGAGCCAGCCUGCUGUGACCAAUGAGUCCACCAAGGAAAGCACAAGUGUGUCGGUGCUCUCAGCAGAAGAGGCCCAGAAGUACAAAGAUGCUUGGAGUCAUGGAUGGAAGGCAGUGUCUCUGUCAGACCCUCGGAUCAAGUUUGCUGUCACAAAGCGAAUAUUCCAGCUCACUGGGCAACUCGUCCACGACCACCAGCUAUCCGGCAUCACAGACGUCCGGUCACUGCUGCACGCGGUGCAAAAACCGCCCAAGCUCAAGACCCUUACUCAGGAGAUCCAGGAGCGCCGGCAAGAUCUCGUGCAGCUACCCAACGUGUCCUUCGCGACGAAGCGCAUCACGCGCGGCGAUAGGGAGAAGGCUGUUGGUCGAUUCAAGCUCAUAGAAGAGGAGCUAAAGAAAAGAGAUCUACCUCUUGUGGGCCAUGGGUUUGUUCGGAAGAACAGAGAGCUCUCGCGACUUAAGGGUGGAGUCUAG